GGAGAAGCAACACGGGGCCGAUCGCUGGUUGCAUCGUGUCCCCACACUCACACAGCGCACGUCCAACACAUCAGCUGCUCUCAGCCCGACGGUCCUGCUGGAUUUACCGCUGAACAACGGGGAGAGAGUUUAAAACCAGCCGCUCCAUCCUGGGAAGGUCAGUGAUGGUCAGUGCUAGUUAGAGCCUGCAGCCGAGGAUGUCUGCUACAGAUUCGGACAACUCCAUUGACUGGCUGGCUAGUGACUAUGAGGACAAUGAGAGCGAACAGGAGUUUGACUGUACCAGAAAGCACAGCCAGACAGAGUCUGCUCCAUCCCCCAGCACCCCGCCACACCUGGGUCCAUCUGACAGCAGCUGCUGCCGGAGCGGCGAGGUGAAGGAGGGCGUCAGUAACUGGAGCGAGGUCAGGGAGGCCUCCAGUCGGGGAUCUCCCCCUGGCUGCACGGAGACAUGGGACAGCACCAUUGGACUGUGUAAAACACAACAAGGAGAAAAAACGAAUGGCAAAAACACUCAGCAAGCACUGAAGAGACCUCGCGGCUCCAUGGAGGAGGAGUGCAGGGAACGGCAGCUCAUUUCCAACGUGUCAGAGAAAAGCCGAAUUUUCAGCCGUAAGUGCAUGGAGCUACGGUGCUACAUUCAUCCACUGUCAUCUAUCUUGAAUGGCCUUCGUUCAGGGAGAUACAGAGAACGACUCAGCAGUUUCCAGGAGAGCGUGGCCAUGGACAGGAUCCAGAGGAUCAUGGGUGUUCUGCAGAACCCCUGCAUGGGGGAGAAAUAUAUUAAUAAUCAUUCUUGAAAAUGGAGGAUAUCUGAAGAGCCUGGUUCCCUAAUGGUAAACUCCAAGACCAACUCGCUGUCACAGACAGAGGAAGCCGUUCCUACCAAGAAACCGAAGCUAUCUCCAGUGACCACCAAUGCAGCUGUGAGCCCUGUCACCAUCAGUGACCCUCCAGCUGGCGUCAAAUCCCUGAGAGUCACCGACCUCACUCCUCCUGGAGCCUACUCCGCCAGUAACCUGAAGUGGCUCCACACUUCACCCAUCUGCUCCCCUACAGCAGAGCAGGCCCAGGCUGGCCCCAGGCACCUGCUGUCCCCCAGAGACAGAGACCUAACGCAGGACAGCGCUGUGUCCUCCAGCACAGACAGCCACACUAAGACAGACUUGGUGCCCAGGGGCCCUCCGCCCAGUAAAAUCAACGCGCCCUGUCUAGAGAGGCUCCUUAAGUCGACAGAAAGCAUCAUCACCCGCAAGGGGACGGGCAGUUUGAUGGACAGCAGCUGGUCCUAGUCCACACAGAGGGCUGGGUGUCCAGCUGUAAGCACCGCACAGCCCAGCUUAGCCUUGCCCACCCUGCCGGGAACCAGUCAGCUCGCUUAGCCCAUUCCAGCCUUCAGGGGAGACGGGAGCCUUCAUAAGGGAUGUCACAGAUUCCUCUUUAUUGUGGAAGGAGUGUCGACGAACAUGUUGUGUUUCCACCCAAAGUAUCUGGAACUUUUAGUCCCAUGACCUACUUUUCAGGGAACUAAAAAGUUCCCUCAGCCCUUUGUCUGUGUUUCCACCGCAGUUUAAAGAUCCAGAAAGAUUAGGCAAAUUAGUCAAUAUAACAAUGUACAUCAUCGGUCCAUCUGUCGUAUGCUUUCUUCUCCAUCUUGAUGUGUCACAAGCAAGCAAGUACUUGACCAAUCAGAAAUGUUCAGUGCUGCAAGCACCACCCCAAAAUUUCCUGUAGAUUUGGAAAAUACUACCCAACAAGCAGCGACUUUGUGAGGGGUAAAAUAAUGCCCCCGAAAAGAUUUAGUAGAACCAGGUCCCUGCGGUGGAAACGCAAGUUACUCCAAAGGUUCCUAGUCCCUGGGGAAAGUAUCUGCGGUGGAAACGCGACUUCUGUAUGGGAAUGUGCCCUCUCUGACAUGACAAGUGUCUGCUUUAGUUCCCUUUUGUUGACUUAUCUUUGUUUUUUUGUUUGCACUCUUGAAUAAUGUGUGUGAGAGUGGGAAGGAUAGAUUUCACAUGCCGAGAUCACCGGAGCUAGUGAUUUCACAACUGAAUUGUUCCCACCGGCUUGUAGAUGCAAUAAUACAGUUUGAGUAUCUGUGAAACCGCCAUUAUGCCUGAAAGGGAAAGAAUUGCAGGAGUGGUUUGUGCUGGAAGGGAGUAUUUCAGAUAUCCAGACAUGUCAGUGGUCUACAUAUUGUGCUGAAAAUGUGGGUGAAAUGUGACGUUAUUUUCUCCCCCCUCCCCCUAACGACUCCACUCUUAAGUUUAUUGAUGUGACUGUUACUCAUUUGUAUACUUUAUAAAUAAGUCUUUUGGUACAACUGUUCUACCUCAGUGGGCACCACGUCACAGUUAGUGAGUAGGAAUGUGAACGCUACGCUCAAAAGUCUGGACACCUCACCAGAUCUGCAGUGAGCCCAACGGCCUCUGACAGCGAGGUCUGCAGUACAAGUGGUUCUGCUUGUACAGACAGAGGAUGCUCUCUCCAUGGGGUUGCUCUUGUGGCCUGACUGGUGCCAUUGUAAAGAAUGUCAACUGCAGAUUUCUUUUUUCAGUCUCCCAGUAGAAGGCAAACAGUGCCUGUAACGUCAAGCUGUGCCUGUAAGCCGGUUUGAUAAUGAGAGAGAAAAUCAGAAUACCUGCUCCUCUGUGGGAUGUACAAGUCAGGAAUUCUCACUCUCCUGCCAUUUUCCUGUAUCGAGUAAAUUAUUCAGAUCUUGCCAACUACUUUCUGUGGUGGAGUAGAACAAUUCUUUUAUUUUGCCACAGAACUGGACAGUGUGUUAGACCAGCAGAGAGGGACAUGGUAUUUCUCUGUGUAAAUCUUACAGAAAGGUUGUCGAUUUACCCUGAAAAGUGGCCUUUAUAGUGUGAAAUUUUAUACUUUCAAAAUAAAUGUGGUUAUCUUUGUUUGAUGCAAAA